AUGGUCGAUAAAAUCGUACCCAACGACCCUCGGUCCCGAGCACUACUCCUUAAGAAUCUCUCGGACGAUAUCGCCGAGCUCAUCACCCACGUCUGCGGGCCUGGCGUGUCCGUCGUCGUUGGCGGCCACGAUUGGGGUGCGGGUCUCGCCUGGCGCGUUGCCCUGUGGCACCCGAAGCUCGUGAGGGCCGUUUUCAGCGCCUGUGUCCCCUACUCGCCUCCCAAGGAGAAGUGGACCCCGCUCAAGGUCAUCAUCGACGCGGGCAAGCUGCAGAACUUUAGGUACCAGUUGCAGUUCCACGGCAACGACGUCGAGAAGGAAGUUCAGGGCCGCGACAAAAUUCGGCAGUUCCUCAACGCCGUCUACGAGGGCAGGACCCCCGAUGACAGGUACGCCUUCACCACGCGAGACGGCGUGCUAUUCGACAAGCUCGGCGAGGUCGGCCAGACGCCCUUUGCCACCCCCGAGGAGCUGGACUUCUACGCCGACCAGUUUUCCCGAAACGGGCUGCAUGGCCCGCUUAACUGGUAUAGGGCGGGCGAGAAGUCGUACAAGGAGGAGGUGGCGCUGUUGAAGAAGGGGCUGCCGGGACUUCGCAUCAACAUUCCUGCGCUCUUCAUCGCGGCUUCCAAGGACGUUGCGCUUCCUCCUAUCAUGGCCCAGGGCAUGGAUGAGAACUUCGAUAGGCUGACCAAGGUCGAGGUUGAUUCCACCCACUGGGUACUUUGGCAAGGCGCCGAGGAGGUGAACCAGCACUUGACAAAGUGGUUGAAGGAUUCCGUUCUGCUGCAGCGCAAGGCGUCAUUGUAA